UGUAAAAACGAUAACUAGCAAUUGUUGAUUUCACUAAAGUUUUUAAAUUAAACUGACUUAGAAAUAAAACUUUCCAUUUACAACCUAAAAAAGCUUGUCUACCCAACAAAUUUCUUUCAUUGUUGUCCUAACUAAGAUUUUCUAGACAGCAUAACAAAGAUUAUCAACUUUUGAGCAGAGUUUCUGAGUCAAGUUGGGAACCAGUGGGAAACCCCGUAGAUGACUGGCACAUGUGGUCUGAACAAGUUUGAACUAAACCAAACGGACUUUCAACUGAGCCUGAGCAGACCUGAGCUGUGUGAUAGUGGUUUACCAUGUGUUCUAGACUAAAAACCUCCUAAGAAAAUUUGAACCAUCGUGGCUAGAUUUGGAUGUAAAUUGCAAUUUUUCGACCAUUGAGGAUUUUCACUUCUGCAGUUGGAGUGUAUAAUUCUUUUGGACAGGUGCUGGAGCUGCCGACCAUUUACCCUAGCAGGGGUGGAUUUCAUGCAGUGCCGAUUUUGCAAAUUCACAAGCUCCAGUCAAGAGACUCUUUUGAAACAUUUCCGCCUUCAUCACGGACAAGGUGCACAUUGGCCAUGCAUUCACACAGACUGUGUAUGUGUAUUUAAAACACCUGGAGCAUUACGAUCACACCUCUCAAGGUCACACUCAAUAGUAAAAAUCCACAAAAAUUCCACAUUUCAGUGUGAAUUGUGUGAUUUUAAGGAGAUUUGCAGUGAGAAAAUCUUUUGGAACCAUCUUGGACAUCAUUUAAAGAACCGAGAAACUGUACAAUGUCCCUUUUUAAGGUGUAAUUUUAAAACAAACAUUCGCCCAACCUUCAGUUCUCACAGAAGUCGAAAUCAUAAAAAUUGUACACUUGAGGAUUUUCGAACAAUUGCAAGAACUGUUUCUGAAGAUGAGAUAAUUGAAAGUGAGCAAUCUGAUUGUGAAGCAGGAACAUCAGCUUAUAAUUUUGUGAGACCAGAUGAGCUUGACGAGAUUGUAAAGGAUGUGGAUAGUGAGACACUUGAACACAAACUGGCAUCUCUCUUUCUGUGUAUGCAAACAGUGUUGCAUGUUUCUCGAGCUGCAACACAAAAGAUUGUAGAGGAUUUCCAUAACCUGCUCUCUUUCUCUAACAUUCAUACUCUCACCAGUGUAAAAGAAAUUCUUUCAAAGCAUGAAAUAGAAGUAAAUGAUUGUGUUUUGCAAGACAUUUCUAAUGCCCUAGUUCAAACUAAUCCACUGCUUUUAACAACAUCGGAGAAAGGUUCCCUAUCUACAGAUCACAGAAGGAAUAUAUAUUUCAAAGAGCAGUUUUCCGUUGUAGAACCCACAGAGUAUCUGUACAACACAGCUCAUAAAAACUCUUUUGUUUAUAUAUCUGUCACUAAGAUACUUGAGACUUUACUGGGACGGGCAGAUUUUUUGGACCAAAUUGUAUUUAAUCAAGAAGCUUUAUCUGGACACUUUAAGUCAUUUCAAGACGGCAAGUACUACAAGGGCAAUAAGUUACUGGGACAACAAAACUUAUGUAUCAGUUUGGGGUUGUAUAUUGAUGAUUUUGAAGUUUGUAACCCACUGGGCACCUCUCGAAAACGUCACAAGAUUACUGCAGUAUAUUGGGUAGUUCUUAAUUUACCACCUAGAUUUCGAUCUAAUCUUUGUUCAAUUCAGCUUGCUCUCUUAGGUAAAAGUGUGGAUGUCAAACAAUAUGGUUAUGAAAAGUUUUUUGAGCCACUGAUUAAAGAUAUAAGGUGUCUAGAAGAAGAGGGAAUUUUUGUGGAAGUUGUAAGCCAGUUUAUUAAGGGCACUGUAUAUUGUGUGAGCGCAGAUAACCUUGGUGCACAUGGUCUGGCAGGCUUUUAUGAAAGUUUUACUGUUGACAAGUUCUGUCGCUUUUGUUUGAUAAGUCGGGACAAAAUUGCAACGACUGAAGUUAAUGACUUCCAAUUGAGGGGUGUUGAUCAACACAAUUCAUUUCUGGAAGAGCUUAGGCAAACUGACAACCUCCAAAGUGUUAAUGGGGUAAAAAGGGAAUGUGUACUGAGCAAACAUUUACUAUUCUUUCACCCAAUAACCGGAUUUCCUCCAGAUAUUUUGCAUGACCUUUUUGAAGGCGUCAUUCCUUUGGAGUUGUCCUUAUGUUUAAAAAAGCUGAUCUCAAAAGGGUUCAUUACAUUUGAUACAUUAAACAACUUCAUAAAAUCAUUUCCCUACAAAUAUUUGGACAAAGUAAACAAGCCUCAAAAAAUUCCAAAAACAAGCUUUGAGAAAGGAACAGUUUUUGGUAAUGGACAUGAAAAUUGGACACUGCUGCGCUUACUUCCUUUUAUAAUUGGAUGUAAGAUACCAGAACAGGAGCCAGCUUGGGAGAUUUUAAUGGACCUCAAGGAAAUUGUUGACAUUGUUGUCUCAAACAGACUCACUGAGGAAGCAUUGUGUUAUUUAUCUUGCAAACUACUGGAUCAUCGCUUGUUGCUUACCAGUACCUUUCCGGACUUCAGACUACGGCCAAAACACCACUUCAUUGACCACUACCCACAUCUUAUACGCUGCUAUGGGCCGUUAGUGGAAUUGUGGACGAUGAGAUUUGAAGCAAAACAUAGCUUCUUUAAAAAGGUGGUCCAUGACACUCACAACUGGAAAAAUGUGCUGCUAACUCUUUCCUUGAAACACCAGCAGAUGAUGGCAUACCAUCUGGAUAGUGGGAACCUUUUAAAACCAAAGCUCUAUGUUGACAAUGUGAAAGUGGUCAGGGUUUCAGAAUUGGAUCCAUCACUCAAGUGUGAAAUACAAAAGAAGUACCCUCAUCUAGACAGUGUGUCUCUGUCUAAAACCGUUCAUCUUUUUGGGACACAGUAUGUGGCGGGCAUGAUUUUAUCUGCUGGGCAAUGCAGUGGCCUCCCAGAAUUCCAUAAGAUUGUGACCAUUCUUGUCAAUGCAGAGGAGGUGACAUUCAUUUGUAAAAGACUGAGUUCCUGGUACAUUGAACAUUUCAGGUCCUAUGAGCUUGUAGAACACACCUGUGCAGACCUUCUUGUGCUGGAUCCAGAUGUGCUGACGGAUUAUCACCCUCUAACAGCAUACACAGUUGGUGGAAAGCUGAUGGUGACCCCAAGGACGUACCUUCUCUAUUAAAGCAACUUUAUAAUGACUUUGUUACUUCGGGUAGUUCUUUCCUCCAGAGAAGCCCGGCGAGUCCAGCUUCCUGAAGUACCAGCAUCUGUGGGGCAAUUGAUUGAUAUACUUAAAGAAAGACUUGAACUUGCAGGUGACUUCUCACUACAGUUUGAGGAUCCAGAUUUCGGAAAUGCACUAUGCAAUCUUACAGCAAUAUCUGAAUUACCAGCUGAGCGUGCAGUCCUGCAUAUAAUGUGGAACUGUGAUUCAUCUACACUUAACCAAUCCAUUGCUUCAGUGUCCUCUGCUUCAGUCUCUUCCCAGGACACAAUAAGUGUUCACUCUGAUGAUUUCAGGCCUAGCUGGACCGAUACUAUCCAGAUGAACUUAAGGCAUGUGUCAGAGUGGCCCUCUCCAUUUUCUAUUCCCAAGUUUUCACAUGAUGUUGAACUGAAAUUGUGUAAGGCUAAUGUGACAUAUGAAAAAUCUAAGAAGGGCCUUGCAGUGACAAGAGACAUGAAGAUGGAGAUUUUGGAUAAAAUUGCAGAGGCAGUUUUUGAAAUUAAAGCCUACCCUGAGAAAGAUGAGGUUGAGUCAGUGGCUUCUGCACUGGUUCUCAAAUAUCCAUGCCUGAAGGAGCCAGGUAGCAUCACAGGCUACGAGGGAUGGAAAGCAAGUAUCAAGCACAAACUUGGAAACUACAGAUCAAAGCUUCGUCGGGCAGGCUGCAAUGAGGUAAAUGUAAACAGGAAAAGGAAAGGAGAAGAUGAAGCCAGCAGUCCUUUCACCCUUAAAAAGCCCAAACGUGGAGAGGUCAAUCAUGUCCCAGAUUAUCCACAGCACCAUGAUGAUUCUACUCUUGAAGAGGAAAGAGUUGCUCUGGUCAGUGAAAUGAAGAAGAAACAAAAGAACUUGAAAGUCAUACAGCAGAAGAUGGCGCUGACAUUUUCUCUCAGGCGGAGAGAGGUUGUGGAGUGUCAACCUAUGGUAUCUGAGGUCCAGGAGAGAUGGCCUGGGCUGUUUUCCUCUGAGGAGAUAUCUGAAGAAUUUCAUCGGAUCACAAGCAAAGACCUCCUGGGGACCUUCAAUGCAUCCCUCGACAAAUUUGUGCCUGGCCUGCUGAAACUAUACCGGUCUAAGAAGGGAGCUCUUGGUGAGGACAUGGAAGACCUCUUGGAUAAACUUGAUGAACAAACAUCUGACAUUGUGUCCCACCGAAACACAGCAGCACUGAGAGGCCUGCCCAUUUUCCUCAGAGAGGAUGCAACACAGGUUUUCCUGAAGUGCUUAGACACUGACAUUUUGGAUCCAGUGUUGAACGGUGCAUCAGUUGCCAUCCUCACCAUCCUGCAAGAUGACGAUGCCAAUACUUCUGUGCGAGAACAUGCUGUUGUGUUGGAAGGGGACAUCGUGCUACAUAACAUUCCAGACCUCUCUAGUGCCUUGGCAUACCUCUUUGGCCUUCUGUAUGCCCUCAACAUUGAUUAUCCAAAGCAGAUGAGUUAUACCUUUGAAGCAAUUCAGGGCAUCUUUUUUGAACUCGGUGGCUCUCGAUGCUCACAGCGCAUAAGGUCUCUAAAAACAAAGCUUUUGCUGUGACUGUUAAUGGGGAAGCCAGACAUGAGUUUAACUUGUUCUUAAACAUGUUCAAGUGCAUUGUAGAGUCAUGUAAAAAAAAAAAAAAAACAGUAGUUCAACCCCUUUCCCUCUAUAUAAUCGUUCACCUGUUACAAAGAGUUGCAUAUUUAGUGUUUGAACUGUUAAAAUUAAUUAGGAAUAAGUGAAGGAAAGAGGGAGGAAAGGAAGAAGGGAGAAAAGAAGGACCAGUCAAAACAGAAUGGUUCAUUUUGACCUGGUUGGUCAAUAUGAAGGUGAAGUGGAUAAGUGAUUAUUUGAAAUGUAAAUAUUAGUCAGAUGAAUCUGUAUUAUUGAGAAUCAAUGGUGAAAUUCUGUCUUGUAGGAUUUUAAAAGAUUUGUUAUAGUGUUUUUCACUCCACCUGAAGCAUGGAACUGGUAUUUUACCUGAUAGUUCGCUGUUCAUUGAUGGUAACACUUCUAAUAACUUUUGACUUCUGUAGUUCAUCAUAGCAAGCCCAUGUAAAAUGUCAAUGUCUGGGUACAUAGGCAAUUGUUUGUUGCACUACCCUAUUUAGUGUGCAAUAGUUAAGUUAAGCUUUUACAAGACAGUCAGGGUGUGAACUAAGCUGCUGGACACUUUUCUUUUUUUCUGGACUCUGGAAUUUUAAUGUCUCUGCUGGGGUGCUCAAAGCACCCUAAAGAAACUGGCAACACGUUUUUUUCUGUUUGUUUGCUUUUUUACUGAAAUUCACCCCACUGCCCAUGACCUUCUGAAAUAUACUGAAAGCACUGUUGAAAAAAAUAAAUACGUUUUU